AUGUUGGAUGAACGUCAGUAUAUAGUUCGUCAUGUAUUAACAAAAGAUGGCUACAUGUUAAACUUAUUUUUUACAUAUAAUGAAGCAGCACAUCAGGUAGCAAUAUACCCAGAGGUGCCUAUAGUUAAUGCAACAUAUAAGACCAACAUAUAUAAGCUUUCUCUUAUAAAUGCUGUAGGUGUCAGUAAUGUCGGUGACUCCAAAGCUCUUAAUACAUAUACUAUUGCAAUAGCAUGGGUAUUUAUUUCAGAUAGAGCUUUAGCUCUUCGAAAGGCAGCAGACAAGGUUUUCUCGGAAGCAAAAAAAAUAAUAUGCAUAUGGCAUAUGCUUGCACAAAACUUACAAACUGCGUUUGCUUAUGCUGAGAAAAUGAAUGAGGUUAAAAAGGCAUUUAAUGAGGUUAAUAAAGCAGCAAUGAAAAGUAAAGACCCAAAAUAUAUUCAAACUUAUUUUGAGAAAUGGAAAAAUAAUGCCGAAUCAGAAGGAAGUCAUAGUGCUUUAAAAAAAGCAAUCAAGGCAGCAAGUGGUUUGAAACAAGUCUUUUUACAUAUUGACUGUGCAUUCCGUCAGUGCCAGCUACGAACAAAUGGAACCUUUGGUUUGAACAUCAUUUCUGCUGAUCCAUUUAUACGUAAUAAUAUGAGAUUUGAGUUGUUGCUUGAAAAAAUUUCUAAAUGGGCAAUUGAUAAAAUCAAAAAUAAAGUAUGUAAAAUAGGAGAGAAUAAAAAUACAGAUAAUAGCCCUUGUGAUUGUAGCUUAAGAUUAAAUUAUAAAUUACCAUGCCGUCACAUAAUUCCACAGACAGGACCUAUUCCACUUGCUCUUAUCGAGGUACUAGCUAGUGAAGAAAUUGUUAUUCCAAAGGCACCGUUGCCUAAUGCACCUAAAAAGAAACAUCCAACAUCUACUAAGCGAGACCCUCUUCUCAGCGAUGUUAUAGCAAAUACCUACCAAAGACCGUUAUACUUUUUCUCAUUACAAAUAAGCCUUACAUUUCUUCCAUAUCACCAUCCCUUGAACCAAAACGAAGCUCUUGCAAUGGCUUUUGUUAAUGAAAAUCAUUACGUGGCACUAGUAUUGAGACCUGGUACACCUGUUCCACCAAUUGUUAAUCGAUGGUCCUAA